AUGGUCUCCGAGCUGCAGCGUCAGCUGGCGCUGCAUCGGCAGGCCCUCGGUGUUGGGUCUUCCUCCGCCUCUGCGUCUUCUUCUUCUCGCCGUCAGCAUGCAGCUCCUUCGCUUCUGUUCGAUCCCCGAAAGGCGGCCUCAAUCGACAUUGCAACGCUCCGCGACGUAGCCCUGACGUCCCUCCAGUCGCUAAGUCGCCGAGAGCCGCUGGUGGAAGUCUUGGAGCCUUUCUUUGCUCUUUCCUCCAGUGAGCACGGACAGGCGUCCUCUCCUCACUCGCGCGACUUCAUGACAGCGGACCAGGCGCGGGUCCUGGACAGACGCGUGGCCCUCUGCUGCGAUCUCCUCGGGCCUUUCUUUCUCCUCCAGGAUGCCCAGUAUCUGCUCGAGUAUCUUCUGCGUCAAUAUGCGAUUCACCAGCACAACCAAGAUGCUCUUCUCGCUCUCGCUCUGCCGUACCACAACUAUCCGAUCUUUGUCCGUCUCGUCCGACUCCUCACGAUUCCUCCCCACUCGCCGUGGAUUUUCCUGGAACGCAUGCGCGCCUCGGGUGCGCCUUUGCAGAGCAGAGACUUUGUCAAGGUCAUUCUGGCGUCGCCCUUCCUUCUCCAGUUCCUUGUCGACACUGUCGCUCGGGUCUCUUCCCCUCUGUCGCCCGCGCGACUGAAGGACGCAGGCCUCUCUCCCCUUCCCUCGCAUCUCCAGGAUGGCAAAGCCGCACGCGACCUGGGAAACGACGAGAUUCUGCUCCUGCCCGCUUCUCGACUGCCUGCGCAAAACACGUCCCUUCUUUCUUUUUUCACCCUGCUUGUUUCCGAUUCUAUUGCCGCCGCCCCGUCUCUCGCUGCUGUGCGGUCGCUCACGCCGUGCUUGCUCCCCUUCCUCUUGUCGACACUGCGCCCGACCUCAGCUGUACGUACACCCGAACUCCAUGCGUCUGGCGUAGCCAUUCUCACGCACAUCGCCGCGCGCGCGACGCUGGAUCCGGCGAUUUUGGUGGCGGCGAUGCAGCAGUUGACUCAAACGCUCCUCCUUUCCACAGAAGACGGCCUCGCACGCCUCUCUGCAUCAAAGGAGAACGAAAUCUUUUCUCUUCUGGUUCUUCUCGCCGACAAGCAGAACCUCGCUCUGCAGGGUACACUGCCAGGGGCGGUCACGCGGCGCCUAACCAAGUGGAGGCGACUGGCGGCGGCAAUGGAGGAGCUCCUUUCCGUGCGUCAACUGAACUGCGCACCCUUUCUGCGAGCGUUCUUCAAGUCCCUCCUCUCCUUCUUCUUGUCUUCUUCGUCUCAUCAAUCUGCGGAAUCUGCGUCUUUCUCGCCCCUGCAAGAGCGGCUUCUUUCGACAGCGGAGGCUCUCUGCGCUGCAUGCGUCGCGGCGCCCGCCAGCCGUGCUCGCCUCGGUCCUCCCUCUCUGUUCUCUCUGUCCUCGCUCUCUCAGACGCAGGAGGCGUCCCCGUCGCUCAUCGUCAUCGCUCUCACGCUCUUUGACAGCUUUCGGCGCGCGGGUCAGCACGCCUUGCAGCUUGCCAGCGAGAGGGAGGAGGGCGAGCAGCAAGAAAACGCGAGGAAAGUGUCAGCCUCCACAUCGUCUACCACCCUGUAUUCUUGCGUGGAGAAGGAGCACGCGCUUUUCUUCAAAGCCGUCAGUCGCCUGCUGCUGCGAAUCGACGCGGCGAACCCGCUGAGUCUCCCCAAAGCUCUCACGUUCUUUUCGCGUGCCACCGAACAGGAGAAACGCACAGAGAAGAGCGCCGACGCCCGGCCGGCUGGGCACUCCAGCUGCGAAGAUAUCGUGCUGCUUCUCUCCCACGUCUUCGACGGCCUGCCGUCUCUGGGAUGUCCUCUGUACACUCCGAAGCUCCAUGAAGAGGGUUCAAGCGGGGACGGCCGGCGCCUCUCGCAAGGCCGGGAUGCGUCCGGAGACACACGCGUCGAGGGCCUGUCUCUCUUCAGUGCCUUGAUGGCGAGUGAGGCGGAGCUCAGGCGCGAAGGCGUUCGCACUGCCCUCGCGUGCUUCCGGCGCCAGGAGGCGCGAAAAACCAGUCUAAACGCUACACAGAGCGACGGAGAGGACGCUUCACGAGACGAGCAGGAGAAAGGAACUGAAAGAGGCAUCCUCCUCGUCGAACUGCUCCUGGAUCGCCUGCAAGACGAAGAUCCCUCCCUCGUCGUCGAGGCAGCCCGAGGCACGACGACCCUCGGCCACGUCCUCUCGCCCUUUGUCUGUCUCCAUCGAACCACGUCUGUCUUGCUCGCCGAUCUCGCGUCUCUCCUGCCGUCGCCUCUUGCCGCGACCGGCCGCGCGCUCGUCUUGGCCGCCUUCUUUCCUGGAGGCUCCUCUGCAGAAGAGGCCGGGAAAGGCGCAAGCGCUAACGCCCGCCAGAACGGCGGCGCGUCGCAGUGCUUCGCCGCUGCGGUCCUCCUCGUUCCACGCCUGCGGGCCCUGGCACCGGCGCUCCUGCGCGCGUGUGCCGAGCUGCUGAAGCAGGAGGCGGAGAAGGAAGAAACGGAAGACGAACGAGAGAAAUUCGCUGGAGCGGUUUUGGCUAGCCACCUGCUCCCAGUCGCCCUCGCGCUUGCUUGGGGCACCAGCAGACCCGACGCAGCGCACGGCGAAGAGGAAGAGAGAACCGAAGAAGCACAAGACAGAGAGGCUCAGGAAACUGAAGGAGAGGCAGGGAGGCCCAGCGCCCUCCGUUCCAAGCGAAAAGCCUUUGGGGAGCUGCGCGCAGGCGCCCUCGACGUCUUGAACGCGAUGCAGAUGCGACUUGAACGGGGAAAUACAUCCAACAACAAGGAAGAGAAAGAGCAGUUCGGAAUGGCAGCCACUCAGGAAAGGCUCGCUUCCUCCGCGGCAUUCCACGCUCUUGUCCAGCACGCGCUUCUUCCGCUGCCUUCUCCGCCGGCCGCGUCUUCUUCCACUUCGUCCUCGCUGCGUCGCAUGCAGUCGUCUCUAGUGGCGGAAGCGUUCCUCGAACAAGAGCGCCGCAAGCGGGCUGAGAGGAGCCAGGACGCCGAGAACGAGGGCUCGACAAGCGUCACGUGUAUGUACACCACAGCAGCGCUUCUGGAGAUAUCUGGGGCCACCAUCGUCCCCUCGGCCUCUUCCUCCGCUGCGUCCUCGUCCGCGGCUGUCCCUCUCUGGAUGUUCCAUUUGGUUCACCUCUGCGAGUUUCUGCAAAGACGUCUGUCGGCGGCUCCUGACGCGGCCGAGUCACGCCAGGCCUCUUCUUCGCAGGAUGCCUCCAAGACGCGGCCAGAAACCCGUGGAGUCGCGUCUUCGUCUUCCCUGUCGAGUUCGCAAGGCGCUGCUGCGCCGUCCUUCCCUCGAGACGCUCGGCGAGCUGUGAAGGCUGUGGCGGAUGGCGUCGCAGUCUUCCUGCAGUCUCGGGUGGCGAGAAAAGGAGAAGAGACGCGCGAGAAAAAGAAGAAACAGCGGGAUAAAACGGACAGGGCUUCCGGAGCGCGCGAGGAGAGCGCGGACGGCGCGCAUGCAGAGGACGAUACGAGCGAUCUCCAUGAGGUGUUUGCGCCUCUCUGCAACUUUUUCGGUUUCGGCGAGCAAGACGAACCUGAGGCCGAACGCGAGAGACUGGAGAGGCGCUUGAGGGGCCGGAUCCUCCUUCUGGCUCUUAGUGACCUCGCCCUCUUUUCACGAGUUGUUCAGUCCUUUCUCUCCUCCUUCCAGGGCCAGACACUGCUUCUCUUGGCUCAUCUCUCGCAGCUCCUGUCCCGCGUGUCGCUCGCACGAGGUCUGAGCAGCGGCGCUGCCCAGGAGGUCGGCAUCGCUGCGAACGCGGAGACGCAAAAGAGAGAGGAAUUCGUUCUCACCGGUGGACGGGAGUGCGCAAAUUGGUUUGGAGCAGCCGCCAUCCAUGCGCAGGCGUCUUGUCUUUUCCCGUCUUCCUCGUGUGUCUCUUCGGGCCUCUGGGGGCCAGCGGAGGAGUGUGAACUUCUCGCCUUCUCUUCGCUGCGACAGCAGAUCGAGGUGAACCUGGUGGACUUGUCUCGCGCGUUGCUGGCGCAGGCGGCGCGGCUCGGCGACUUGCAGCGCACGCGCAGGUCGAAGAGUGAGCAAAAGAAGGGGGAAACCGUCGAGCGGAAGGCAGACACCCAGGACGGAGAGAAGGGAAGGCACAAGGCGGGAGGCGCCGAGAGGCGAAUAGACGCGGCCUGCGUCGGGAUCCUCGUUCUCCCGCUCUGGCUUUCUGUGCACGACAGGGCCGAGGGCCGAGAAGUGCGCGAUGCAGUCAAGUUGUUGCUCGAGGAGCUCUCGUCGCUGCUGAGCAGCAGCGAGGUGUCAGCAGCGAGCGCUCCAGGAAGGGACGGAUCUGCAGCCCAUCACGGCGUCACUGAGAGCCGCUUGAAGCUCUGGUGGCGGCGCCUGGCGCACCUUGGCCUCGUCCGGCGCAUGCGCGGAGGCGAGGGGCGGCCUGCAGAUGGUGAAGAAAGGAAUCCAAAGAUGCACCUGUUCCUCCAAACCGUUUUGCAGGCCGCCCCGCGAAGUUGCCUCGAGUUCCUUUCCCUCUUUCUGUCUGGCUUCUCGUCUGCGUCUUCUGCUCUUCUCGGUUCUCUCCCGUCCCGGACGUCGAUCUCGGGGACUGGAGGGCCCGAGGGUCGCGCCACGCUCGAGCACGUUGUUUUCGGAUCCACUGUCGCGACAGCGUCCGACAGCGUCGCGGCCUUCCUCUGCUUUGCCCUCGCGUGCCUCGUGCAAGAAGGCAGGGAGCAGAAGGCGUUUGCGCGGUUGCUUCUCCACGGCGCGCCGAGCCGCCUUCUCUCGGCGCUCCUCCCCGCCCUCGAGGAGGAAGUCGACGCAUUUGUCGCGGAAUUCCACGCCCCAGAAGCGAGUUUCGAGAUCCACAGCGCCGAAUCCAGGUCACCUUCGUUCCAGUCUGCGCGGUCUUCACCUGCUUCGCCGACCGCCUUCUCUGUUGCCUCGCCUUUGGCCGUGUCGCCAAGGGGCUCGUGGCCCCAGCUCUCGCUGUGUUCGAAGCCUUCUUUCUUCUCGCCGGUCAUUCGCCUCGCUUGCCAGUUGCUGAACAAGUUGGGAGAUCCUGCGGUUUCGCUCGGCUCCGCGGCGCUCUUGGGGUCGGGCGCGGCCUCGUGGAAGUCUGGGGAGUCGCUCCGCCCCUCUCGGAUCUCCCCCGCAUGCGCCACAAGCCUGGUCUGUGACAUUCUUUUACCGUUCCUCCGAUCCCUUUCCUCACCUGUCCUCGCCACCAGCCUACGCGCGUUCUAUCUUCGGCCUUCAGAGUCGCCCUCCUCUGCGGAACCUCUCGUCCUCGGCCCCUCGCUGUCUCUCGCGCGGGUUUCUGAGGUCGCCCAAGCCGCCGAAACACUCAUCGACGGCGUUUUCGCCUCAGGCAUUCUCCUGCAGAUUUCCGAGGACCUCUGCCUCAAGCUCGUCCUCUCUGUGUUGCGUCUCGCCUCGACUGCGCCGCAGCUGGCCACGCGUCUGCGGCUUCAGGACGCCGAAGCCUUCGAGGGCGCUGCGGGCCCCGCAGGGACAGGCCCCGAGGAGACAGGCGCCGGUGGGACUCCAGAGCCGGAGGCGCGACCGCGGUCGGAGACGCUGAUCCCCCUUUCCACACUCGUGCGGCUCGUCCAGGCGAUUGGAACGCUGGAGGGCGAGGCGACAGACGAGGCGGAGAAGGCGGAUUCACGCGCGACACAAGGCGGCCAGGCAGAGAGCGCAUGCAUGCGCAUUUGCGCGAGAGAUGCGCUCCUCGCAGACUUUGUGGAAUCCCAGCUUCAAGCCCGUUCUUCACUCGAGACGGAAACGGCCCGCCGAGCCGCCCCCCACCGCAAGGACGCGAAGAGCCGCCGGGAACUCGCCUCCUUUUCAGAGAGGAAGGACCAGGGAGACAGAGACGCCCGGGAAAGCGCAGAGGAGCGACGCCUCGCCCGGUGCUCACUCGGUAAAGUCGAGGAAGUCCUCAAGAGCCACCUUGCCUCCGCGGUCCGAAGCGAGGGUUGUGGGGCGCCCUCGGCCCGCAGCGCCUCUGAAAGGGAAGGAAUGGAAACAGAACAUCGCGCGACGAGACGCACACUGGAGAGCCUGUUGAGUGUGUGUGCGGCAGCCAGCAGUGCGGCCGCCUCCCGGAUGGACACCGGUGGCAAGAAGUCGAAGAAGAUUUCUCGUCAAGGCAGCGAGGCGCCAUCGCGAGGAGAUGGAUCCCCGUCGUGUCUCCUGGUCCACGAAGAGACCCUUCGCGGCCUCGCUGCCGUUUCCCGUCUCCUCGCGCAGGCCUGCGCCACAGGCGGGGGACAGGUAAAAGCGGGCGAAGCGCGGCGUGGCGCUUCCUCACUCGUCACGCCCGUCCUUCUGGCCGCGUUGCUCCGGAGCUGUGCCUCGGCAUGCGACACUGCCGCUGGUGCGCAACGAAGAGCUGUUGCGGAACUGCCAGCAGCUUCGCUCCACCGCGCUGUCUCCGGUCUCCUGCAUGCGCUGGGGAGCCUGCUUGCGCGCGCCGGUCUGUUGAACCCGCGCCUGGUCGCGGCGCCUCUGGUCCUUUCUGGGUUGCGCAGCUACCUGCCUUCUCUCUUCGCCGCCCUCAACAGUCUCCUAAGCGUCGGCGAAAAGACGAGAGACUCGGCGGCAAAGUCGUCCGAGGAGACGCCGAGCGAGAAGGCUGCAGAGCGACGCGCCGAAGAAGAACGCCGCAGAAACCUCGUGACGAAACACGUCCUCGGUCUCGUCCAGAUGGUGGUGGAGCCUCUGUGUGUGGCAGCCUUUGGAGAAUGCGCCAAAGAGGAGGAGAAAGACUGCGACGAGCAGCGUGGCCGCAGCGAGAGGACUCAGAGCCAGGCUGCGGUCGCCGAUGUUGUUGUGGCUUUCGGUGCAGUGCUCGGCAGAGAGGCGCUCGUGGGGGGCUGUCUCACCGUCUUGGUGAAGUGGGAAACUGCCUUCCUGAAGCGGCGGCGAGAGGCGAACGCGGGCGCGGACGACGAAGAGGCGAGCACAGCAGACGAAGAAGAGGAAGACGAGACGGGGAACGCGAAGCGAAGCGACGCGAGACAGGAGGGAGGCGAAUCCGACGAAGACGAGGUUCUGCUGAACAAGAAGGCAAGAAAGGAGCGCCGCAAAAACAUGCGAUCGGGAUGGGGCACGCGCCGCGCUCUGCUGGAGAGACUGAAGGAAAUGCUGGCAGCCCACGCCGGGACAGCUGGAAAAUCUUGCUACGGGCACCAACUCCUCGCUCUCGCUCAACUCGCCACCGGAGCAGUCGCGCUCCAGUGUGAAGCAAGAGGACGGCUUCUGCCAAAGGCAUCGAGAGAGAAACAACUCAAAACGAUAGAAGAAGAAAAAGAAAAAGGGAGAGAUGAAGGCGCGCGCGCCACGACGGAGGCGGUGGGCGGCCGUCCUGCUCGCAAUCUCCCGAGCUGUGCGGUGGGCCGGGUGACCUGCAUGCAUGAGGGGUUGUGCGAUCAGAAGAGACAGCAGGAGCUUUCUUCUGUGUAUAGCUCUUUUUUCGGGUCUCGCGGCUCCACGGCUGAAGGACGAAACACAGCAGAGGUGUACUGCCGGGCAGCAAGCACGGCGGUGCUUCUGGUGUAUGAACACUUGAAGAAGGAGGGACUUCCCAAUCUCCAACGUGUCGCCGGCCUCUCUUUGAGCGCGUUUGCUCUCGACGGCGAAGGAGAAGAAGAAGCGCAGUCGAUUCAAGAACUUGUCGAAGCGCUCCUGAGCGUGAAGAUUCUUGCGGAAAGGCGCUGGCUGUCGGGAACGGCAUCUGCGAAGAAGAGAAGAGAGCUGGAAGACGGUGCAAGCGAAGAGGAGACGGAACUGGGACGCGUGUUCGACGAGGAGGCGAUUCUCAAGCAACGCGCGGAGCUUUUGCUGGAGAGCGUUAUUCGAGCGCUCUCGCCUCUUGUUGGCUGCAUGCGCAUCGCCCUGGGGUGUCUGGGGGUCCAGCACGCGUUCUUCCAAAGCACAGAGUCUCUGGACGAGCUUCGCAGCAGGUUCGCGGAAGAGCGGGCGAAAGCGCGGACGACAACGGGCGGCGUCUGCAGCAGGCCGAGCCACCCCGCAGUCCCCUCGCGCCGCUCCUCGCUGACAGAGAGCGAAGACGAAGAGGAAACACAAUCUGAACAUUCCACGCCUUCCAUUCAUCUUCUUCUCCCGUCGUUCCCCUCUGCCCUCUUUCCCUCUCGGCCGUCUUCUCUGUGCCCAGCCUCGAGGUUGCUGCUCGCUGAUGAAGCCGCGCACGCAGCCGCGGAAGCCGUCGCCGAGGGCGGCCGCUUCGCUCGAUCCUCCGCGCCCUCAACCAGUGCCGACUUUGUUUUUUUUUCGCUGCUGUUCCGCGGCCUCGCGGGGCAGCUUGAGAGCUGUCUGGGCGCUGGAGAGGCCGGACCUCCAGUCGACGGCGCCAAGACGCGAGGCGACGAAGGACACAAAGGAACAGAAGACAGGCUUUGGCGGACCCUGUUCGCGUCUUCCUCCUGGACGGAGGCGUCGUUGACGGCGCCCUACGCGCUGUUGCUCUCCAUCCUCGCGAAGCGUCUCCUGGAGCCGGCGGCGCGGUCGUCUUCGUCUUCUCUUCCAGUGACCGCAGCGGGAGUCGCAGCCUGGCAGUUCGCGACGCGGCUGUCGCGACUCGCUGGCGGGUACUUGCCGGAGGCCUUCCGCGACGGCGCGCUUCCGCCCCUUUUGCUGACGCUGAAGAAGGCAUCUGGAAACAUUCCGUCCCAGCUUGCUCUCCCCUCUUCGGUUGGUCGGGCGAAUCUGCGCAGCCUCGUCGCCCUCGCGACGGCUGCCACUCGCUGUCUCCUUGCUCUCGCGCUGACCUCUCACGGCAGGGAAGGCGAGACCCGCGGCGCGGGUAUGGGGCAGAAAACGUCCCGGAGUCUGCAUGCAGCCGCCCUGUUCCUCGCCGACUUCAAUGCGAUCUUUGCGCGGCUCUCGCUCCUCCUGCGCAAGCUCCUGCCUUCUCUGCUCGAGGUCGCGUCGCAGGAGAGCGCCGAGACAGCUGCGGGCCCGCGGAGGAGCCAGGACAUUUUCAACCGCUUGCUCUUCGUCCGUGACCCGCGAAUCAGCGAGUUGGCCAUCUGCCUCUUAGCUGCGCUUCUCGGCCUCCUGCAGCGGGUCGGGACGGACUUCUUUCUGCCCCACGCCUCCACGCUCCUUCACACGACUCUCCUCAAUCCCCUUCUCGCUUCGGCACUCUCCUGCGACGCGCGCGACGCCUCGGAGGCAGGCGAGGGCCGGCGCGGGGUCUUCUCGCCAUCCGAUUCUUCUCUUGCCGCGUUCUCCGCGACAGACUCUCACGGCGCGACCGACAGGGACAGAAGAGUCGCCUUCGAGUGCCUGCGCCGACUCGCGGCGCCCAGGAUCUCCUGCGACGCCUCGCUGCAGUUCUACCUCGUGGACGCCAGCGUGGAGCUACCAUGUGUGCGUCGUCUGGCGAGCGAGGUGUUGGAGCACUGCGCUCGGCAGAGCUCCGCCUUCGGCUUCUCCUCCUCGUUGUUUGGCGGGAAGCGCGAGAAGGCGUGGAGGCGCCUCGGGCCGAAGAGCAGUCCACAGGGUCUCGCCGAGACGCGAGAGAGCGCCCUGUGGAGAGAACGCCCCGUCGUGGACACGCUGCUCUCGGCGCUCGCUGCCGAGCUCGGGACGUCGAUGCGCCUCCAAGGGUCAAUCACCCUCUUGCUGCCAUCCCUCCACAGCGUCUUUGCGAAGUCGAAAGCAGUCACCGGAGCGGGGCAGAAAAAGAGAGCUGAGAAGGUGUCGAAGGCGAGCAGCGAGACUCAGGCCGAAGACGCGAGAGUCGGGUUCUUCUCCGUACGAGGCUUGCAAGACUUCCAGGCGUCCCGAACCAUUGAAAUCCUGGGUACCGUCAUCGGGGCCCAGCCUCAGGCGCGCGCGGAUGCAAAGCGGCCCGUGCUCACAAAGCUCAUGGUACACCUCGUCCACCUGUGUCUCUCCCGCGCCGAAGAGUCGAGUGCACGGCCUUUGGCGGUCGUCUGCGCAGGCGGGGACGGAAAAGGAAGCACGGGAAAGGAAGCGGUCGCGGCGCGCAUGCAACGCGCAGAGUGCCUCGCGGAACUGAUCUAUGGCGGCCAGGUCCAAAACGUGCAUCGGCAGUUGCUAUGGGGAUCCGACAAUGCUGGGGACGACCGAGAACUGUUCUUGAACGACCUUCCAGAAGACGAAGAGGAGGUUCCCGAGCUCUCCGAGACGGGCGGGAAGAAGUCGACGAAGCGACGACGAGACGAGGGCGACGCUUCGGGGGCGUUUGUGGGCGAGGACGCCGGAGACGAAGCCUCGAGUGUCUCGCUCGUCCACACGCUCGAACAGAGCGCCCGGCUGCUACCACCAGCGGCCUUCGCCCCUUCGUAUUUGCACCGCGUCGAAGCGGCGCUGUAUUGCGCCUUCCGGAGCUGGAGCCAGAAACUGAGCAUGCAGCAGUUGCAGGCGUUCUUGUCGUCGCUCCUUCGCUCUCUGCGAGGGCCGAAGCGAGCGUUGUUGCAGCCCGGCGCCGACGGCGAACCCAGUGAAGCGUCGGAAGAGUCUGACUCCGCAGACGAGUUCGACGUGGUCUCGAAGAAGCGGAAACGGAAGGCCGAGAAGAAACGCACAGACGGCACGGAGAGUCUGGCAACGGCGCCUGCGUCUUUCUCCGUUCGAGAGAUCUGCGGCGCGCGCCUCCUCGUUCUCUUUUACACAGCAGCCAUCAGAGACUUCGGGUCCGUCGGAGGCGUUGAAGCUCUGCUGGAAGAUUUGCUCGCCGACUUUCAGAGCGCCUUGGCAGCUUGCAGAGACCAGGCUCUCGCACUGGUCGACCCGGGCCUCAAGGACUCGGGGGAGAAGAGAGAAAGGAGCGCGAGCGGAUCUCGAGGGCGUGUACUGGAGUCCAGUGCGACGUGGUUUUGGUUUGAGUUGGGGAUGCCCAUCCUCCUCGCCCUCGUCGCCUCUCUUCGCAGCUGGAAGAAGGACUUGAGUGGGGCUCUGCCUCCAUCGCUUUUUGAGCGCCUGCUCACCUGCGCGCUCGACGCGGCAGACAUCCUGGCAGUUCUGCCUCGUCUCCCCCUGCCUGGGUACUCGCGAGAAAACGACAGACUUGGCUUGGCUGCGGAUAAACGAGGCGAGCGAGAGACACAGCGCACGCGUGCGCAAACCCAGCGGCUGUCGAAGCUGUGGUUCUGUGCGCUACGGUCCUUGGUCACGGGUCUUUUCGAGCAUGCAUUCGGCGAUAAAAUGCGGGUCGAAGAACUGAAUCUGAGCUUGCUCGAGAAGGUGCGAAGCUGCGGCAAAGCGAACGUGCAUUUUGCGGCCGCGCGUAUCUAUCUUCACCUGUGGAAGCGCCUAGGCGUUGCCAUGGUCGACACACUCAACGACUCUCUUCAGACGCUGGUGGAGCUUCUCGAGAGCGCAGACGAUGAAGUCGAGAUGGCUACCCGGGAGUGGGUCAAAGCUAUUGAAAACCUCACUGGAGAGUCGCUAGACGACAAGCUGAAGGCUUAA